UCAAUGAUUCCAUCCUUCCCACCUUGCAAGGAUGCUGGCAGCCCUGUGGAUCCAGAGUUUGUCUCUGACUCCAAUGGAAGUUGGUCCAAUAAUUACCUCCCCCACCUUGUUUGUCUGAUUUAGCUUCUGUCGCCUUCAAAGUGCUGGAAGCUAACAGGUGGAAGCCGUCUUAUUCUGGGGUAAGAAUGUCCAUGCAGGGACUUAUCCCUGCAAAAUGAUGCCAGGAAACUUCCCCAUGUAGACUAGUUCUUAGCCUCCUGGGCUACCCACUGGGCAGGAAAGCAUAGAGCAGCUUUAUCCCUAGGACACAUUUCAGAGAAGAAUGCACCCCCCCACACACACCGGGCCUAGCACCGUGAAAACAGUGCCGUCUGGUCCAGCACUUCACUCCCUUCUCUGAAAGGUGUGAGGGCGCAUGAUUGCAGGUGGGGGGAUGUUGGGGUGGACAAGGGGGCGUGUGGGCUUGUGUGAGACGUAUCCUGGCCAUGUUCAUACAGAUAACAGGGCUCAAAAUGGAGGGAAUCCCAAACAGGGAAACAAAAGCUCUCAUUCGGCCUUUGACAGGGUCCAAAUAAAAGUCCUCCCACUUUCUGGGCCCCAAGUAGGGGGGCCAGGCCUGGUCUCCCCACACACCCGGCCAGCUGCCCCUUUCGUAUUUCUCCUUUUUAUGCCUGCAGAUUACCAAGCCCCCCACUGAACUGGCUCCCCAGCCUGGUAACCCUUCCCGGUCUGAUUUCCAGCCCCCCCGACCUAGGGAGAGCAAUGGGCCUUGAGCUACAAGGGGCUAAGACCAAAUCAGCUGCCAAGAGAUUUCUGUGGGACCGAGCUGAUCCGCUCGUCUGACCCCCUGGGCAGCACAGACCAGCGAACCCCCGCAAAGUGCACGCCUUGCUCCCUGGCGUCCCCGCUGCUUGCCCCUCCGGGGAGGAGCUGGGAGAAUGGCCGGCGGUGCAGUCUGGGGUCGUGCCUAAGGGUGAGUUCAGGGAGGCUGAUUUCUGCCGGGGUGAAAGGGGACGGGUUGAGCAGGACUCAUGGAUUCUCAGGACGUGGAAGGGGAGGAAACUCCAGCCAGCGUCUGCUCCGGGUAUCCUGCUCCCCGACUGGACAUCUCAAUAAAGGUUGAAAGGGAGGAUGAACCCCAGUUCCCAGAUGCCCUGGACUUCACUGCGGGAGUGGUCCCCCAGGGGUAUCCUGGUGCCAAACGUGACUUGGUAAAGACGGAAAGAAGUGAGCACAUGGAUGUCCUGGACUCUGCAAAGAGACAAAGUACCCGCAAGAACUCCACAGGUGACUGGCCUGCGAAAGCCGUUAAGGAAGAAGGGCCAGGAAAGGACCAUACUAAGGAGCUGGAGGCCCCCUGCGUGCUGGCAGGGAAGCCCUAUGAGAGCCCUCUGGCCCCUGGCCGCCAGCCAGGGAGCGGGCAGGACGCUCCUGCGGAGUGGACCAGGGCCCUUGGGAAGCGCAGCACCAGGGCCUCCCAGCCGAGGAGCCCCGUGGGGGAGCUGGCGUUGGCCUGCAGCGACUGCGGGUGGCGGUUUGGAGACGUGGCGUCCCUGGGCGAGCACGAGCAAAGCCACGCGGCGGAGCGCACCUUCAUCUGCACCGACUGCGGCAAGAGCUUUGGGCGGCACGCCACCCUGGUGGAGCACCAGCUCGGCCACACGGCGGAGAGCGUCUUCGUCUGCACCGACUGCGGCAAGAGCUUCACCCACAAGGCGGCGCUCACCGUGCACCAGCGCACCCACGCCCGCCAGCGCCCCUUCCGCUGCGCCCGGUGCGACGGCGCCUACGGCUCCCACGCCGAGCUGGUGACCCACCAGCAGGCCCACGCGGGGCCGGCCGCGGCCCUGGAGGGCGGUGCUGAGCCGGCCGCGCCCCUGCGGGCCCCCGAGGCUGAGAAGCCCUUCGCCUGCAUCGACUGCGGCGACAGCUUCCGCUCGCACCCCGCCCUGCUGAGCCACCAGCGCAUCCACGCCGAGGAGCGGCCCUACAAGUGCGCCAAGUGCGGCAAGAGCUUCUGCUUCCACGCCGAGCUGGCGUCGCACCAGCUGUGCCACCCCAAGGAGCGCUGGUUCCCGUGCGGCAGCUGCGAGCGGCGCUUCAGCUCCAAGACGGACCUGAUCCUGCACGAGCGCACCCACCCCGAGUCCACAUGGUGCCUGUGCACAGACUGCGGCAAGGUCUUCGCCGGCCAGGCCGACCUCGGCCGGCACCAGGCCAGCCACGCCGCCAACGUGCACCCCUGCCCCGAGUGCGGCAAGGCCUUCAGUUACCUGACCGACCUCAUCAUGCACCAGCGCUCGCACGCCGAGAGGCUCGUCUCCUGCAACCAGUGCGGCAAGAGCUUCGGCUCCCGCGCCGAGCUCCUGGUUCACCAGCGCGUGCACGGCGACAGCCAGUCCUUCACUUGCACCCAGUGCGGCAAGGCCUUCGGCUCCCGCACCGACCUCAUCACGCACCAGCGCUCGCACGCCGAGAGGCUCGUCUACUGCAACAAGUGCGGCAAGAGCUUCGGCUCCCGCCCCGAGCUCCUGGUUCACCAGCGCGUGCACGGCGAGAGCCGCUCCUUCACCUGCACCCAGUGCGGCAAGGCCUUCGGCUCCCGCACCGACCUCAUCAUGCACCAGCGCAGCCACCGCGACCGCCAGUCCUACUCGUGCACCGAGUGCGGCCGCGUCUACAGCAACCAGUCCUACCUGGUGGCCCACCGGCGCAUCCACACCGGGGAGAAGCCCUACAAGUGUGCCGAGUGCGGGCGCAGCUUCAGCCACAAGUACCACCUGGGCAGGCACCAGCGGACGCACGCAGGGGGCACCCCGCCCGUGUACUGAGCCCCAGGGCCUGUGCCACCGGCACCGGGGGGGCACGGGGAGGCGGGAAGGGGAGCCGCGCAGCAUUUCAAGAGAGGCUGGUCUCAAAUCCACAAGAACGCACGUUGCACCAGUGAAACGCCUAUGACACGGGGCUGGGUGCGGUGCUGGCACUAAGGGGGAGAGGCUUCUCAGACAUGCCACUGGUGACCACCCCCACGCCUCUCCCCCUGCAAGAACCCCAGUGUCACCUGAAAGGUCCUUGCAGGGAGGGAAAUCUCACCCCGGAAUGACACCUGCUUCCUGACAGGUUAUCACGAGCACGACAGAAUCGGAGUAAGAGCUAGAGAGAACUGGACGUGCUACAAAGCCAUAGGAAGUUGGGCAAACGCUGUUAAACUACGUGUGGUGGGGGGUCAAGGGGAAAAAAACCGACAGAGCUGGUUCUUGUUACUCUUCAGCAGCGAGAUUUCUCUCCUGUGUCCCCUUUUUGACUUCUCCUCUUUCCCCUGCCGAUGAGGAAUUAAACAAACAUAAGAAAAGCCA